GGCCCCGUCCCAGCGUCCGUCCCCGCUCCCAUCCCCAUUCCCGGCCCAUUCCCGGCCCCGUGUCACCCCGGCGAUUAGGGGUUCUCCUACGCAGGCGCUGAGUCACGCAGCCUGUGGAAGGGCAGCGGCUGGGCGGAGCCGGUGGCCUCGUUGCCCUCGGGUUCAGCCGCCCGAGGCUCCGGGAAGAUGCAGUUCCUGGGGCGGCUGGUGAGCACCAUCAACAGCGUCACGCAGAUAUUCAGCAACCCGUACCGCGUGAAGGAGGUGCCGGCCGCGGAGUACGCCGGUCACACCUGCCUGCGGCAGGAGGGCAGGGUGGCCCUGUACAAGAACAGCCUCGCUCGCUCCUGGGAUUGCCUCCUGGUGAAUCCACAGAGCCCGCAGGUCGCUUUCCGGCUUUUCCAGCUGGACAACGAAGCAGACGCCCUGGUGCUCUUUGAGCAAUAUGCCCGGCAGCUGCGCCCUUUCUACGAGAGCUCGUGCCAACCCUUGUCCCUGGAGGAGCUCCAGCAGCUCAGUGACCUCCUCCGCAGUCACCCCAGCUGGUCCGCGGCACAUGUCGCCGUGGAGUUUGGCCGCCGGGAGAGCUUCCGGCACAACCACAUCCUGAGCUGUGUGAACAGCACGGACAGCGAGGAUGGCUGCACCCCGCUGCACCUGGCGUGCCGCAAGGGAGACAUGGAGUGUCUGCUGGAGCUGCUGGAGUGCCACGCACGGGUGGACAUUACUGACAGGAACGGGGAGACGGUUUUCCACUACGCCGUGCGAGGGAACAACCCCCAGAUCGUUGAGCUCCUGGGCAGAACCCCAACUACUGGCUUGGACCACCUGAACCACGAGGGGCUGACGGCGCUGCAUCUGGCGUGCCAGCUGGGCAAGGAGGACAUGGUGCGGUCCCUGCUGAAAUGCUGUGCCAGCUGUAGCGUUGUGGGCACGCUGGGAUACCCCAUCCACACAGCACUCAAGUUCUCCCACAAGGGGUGUGCCCAGGCCAUCCUUGAGGUAGAUGCCAACCAGGUUUGCUCCAAGGACCCACGCUAUGAAGCUACUCCACUGCACUGGGCGAAGAAGGCAGAGAUGACACGGCUGCUGCUGGAGUACGGCUCCCCAGUGAACGUGGCCAGCCGGACGGCUGACAUGGCUCUGCACAUCGCGGUGCAGAGGGGACGCUUCGACUGCGCCAUGGUCCUGCUGACACACGGCGCCCACACCAACGCCCGCGGUCAGGAUGGCAACACACCCCUGCACCUGGCCAUGAAGCAUGACCACCUGGAUAUGAUCAAAGCGAUCGUCGUGUUUGGAGGAGAUGUCGAGAUCCCCAAUGAUUUUGGGGAGACUCCAGGACUGUUGGCAGCCAGGAGCAGCAAAGGUGCAAACCGGAAAGUGCUCUUAGACCUGCUGCAAACUGUAGGGACCGAACGCUGCCACCCACCACCCAACCCUGACUCCCCAAGCCUGGCACCAUCUGCCGCCUCCUUCCUGGAAGGCCAACCUUCCUCACGGAGCAGCUUCAGCAGCUUAGGGUACCAGGACAUUCUUUAUGUUUCCACAACUCUCGGACAGUUGUUGAAGGCACCAGAUGUUGUGGACAUGCCCAGUGAGGAUAGAAGAAAUCAGGACCGCCUCCUGUGCUUGGAUGGAGGGGGCAUCCGGGGCCUCGUGCUCAUCCAGCUCCUCCUGGCUAUCGAAAAGGCUGCGGGCCGUCCCAUUCGCGAGAUUUUUGACUGGAUUGCAGGGACCAGCACUGGAGGGAUCUUGGCCUUGGCUAUUGUACAUGGGAAGUCCAUGGACUACAUGCGCUGCCUGUACUUCCGCAUGAAGGACAUGGUGUUCCGGGGGUCUCGGCCCUAUGAGUCAGAGCCCCUGGAUGAGUUCUUGAAGAAGGAAUUCGGGGAAAACACCAAAAUGACAGAUGUCCAAAAACCCAAGGUUAUGGUGACAGGGACGUUGUGUGACCGACAGCCAGCUGAGCUCCACCUUUUCCGGAAUUACCCUGUACCAGAGACAAAAACCUCCACUGAAUACAAGACAAGCGCAUCUUUCAAACCACUUACUCGGCCAGAAGACCAGCUGGUGUGGCGCGCUGCCCGCUGCAGUGGCGCGGCUCCCACUUAUUUCCGGCCGAUCGGCCGCUUCCUGGAUGGAGGGCUGCUGGCCAACAACCCGACCCUCGACGCCAUGGCGGAGAUCCACGAGUACAAUAAGACGCUCAUCAAAAAGGGUCGGAGGCAGGAAGUAAGAAAAUUGGGGUUGGUGGUCUCCCUGGGGACAGGGAAGCCCCCGCAGGUCCCAGUGAGCUCUGUGGAUGUUUUCCGCCCCUCCAACCCUUGGGAGCUGGCGAAGACUGUCUUUGGGGCCAGGGAACUCGGCAAGAUGGUGGUGGAUUGUUGCACUGACGCAGAUGGCCCAGCUGUGGAUCGUGCCAGGGCCUGGUGUGAGAUGACGGAUGUCCCAUAUUUCCGGCUCAGCCCUCAGCUGCACACGGAGGUGAUGCUGGACGAGGUGAACGACACGGUGCUGGUGAAUGCUCUGUGGGACACCCAGCUGUACAUCUACCAGCACCGGGAGCAGUUCGAGCAGCUGGUGCAACAUCUCUGCCGAUGACUGACCUGGAGGUUCCCGUUCUGCAUCCCAAAGGCAAGGAGCAGCAGACACUGAAAUGGCUCAGAUUCGCCCUUCAACCAAGGUGUUGAGGUGGGAGAGGGACUAGUAAUAAUAAUUAUGAGGUACUAAUAAUAUUUAAUAGACAACAGUGCACAUACACACGUAUUCCCAGACAGCUACGAAAUGCUGACAGUUAUCCUUGUUCUGUAGCCCCAUCUCUGCUGCUGUGCUUGGUUUUGCUGCCCUGCUGUCUGACUCAGAAUCCAGAGCCCCCACCUACCUGUCUUGAGCUGUAGCAGCUGGAAUGUCUCCUGUCUGUGCAGUACCUCUACUGACAAAGCACCGUGCACCUUCACAUGUCACAGAACGGGCUAAGACCCGAUAACAGCUACAGGGAUUGCUUGGCCCACUGGGGCCAAAGUAUUUCAGAGUGUAUAGUAUGGGGAAAAGGGAUUAUUUUUCCUUCAACACACCCAGUUUGAAGGGGAGCAGAAAUGCUGCAACUUUUUGGAGUAGAUACGACACAGAAUGUUGCAGCUGGCCUUGGGAGAAGGGCAAACCUUUCCUGAGACAGGUCUUCUGUAGCAGCUUCUAUCCCCUCUGAGAUGGGCUGGAAACACAGGCACUGACUGUGCUUAAGGUGGGAGCAGACCACCCCCCACCCAGGGCUUUUUGUGCCACCUGAUUUGCUGUGCUGAUCUUUGCUCAAGGGCUGAGAUGUGAAAGCCUGACUUUACUCACAGCAAGCUCAGGGUAAGGGACAAGAGCCUUGGCUUAGUAGAGAGAUCAUUUAUCUCAACGUGGGAUUAAAAUGCUCUGUGACCCGUUCCCUCCAAAGAAGCUGACCCUGUGACAAUUUGGGUUUACUUUUUUUUACUACUGGAAAUUUCACUGUGACUGCUAUACUACUCAUUGUUUCUCUCCUAAAUUUUGCAUAUUUAUAAAUAUGUAUGUAUUUGGAGGCAUUUUGAGGAGUACCCCAAAAAACUGAAUUUUUAAUCCUUUGCUUUUGACUGAAUGGACCACUGUUGCUGACAGGGCUUCCGUGAAAAACUGACAUGACCUGAAAUAAAGAGGAAUUUGCAUUUGCUUCUGA